AUGGGGGAUUGGGAAAAUUCUGGAAACCCCCCCAAGGAACAGGAGGAGGAGGAGGAGGAGGAGGAAGAGCUGGACCCCCGGAUCCAGGAGGAGCUCGAGCACCUGAACGAGGCCAACGCUGAAAUCAACAGAGGGGAGCUGGAGCUGGAUGCCGCCCGGUGCCGCUAUCGCCGCAUCCUCUCGGAUUCCGCGCGGAAAUUGAACUCGCAGGGCUCGCAGCUGGGGACCUGCAUCGACAGAGCCCGGCCCUACUACGAGGCCAGGAGGAGAGCCAAGGAGGCGCAGCAGGAGACGCAGCGGGCGGCGCUGCGCUACGAGCGGGCGGUGGGGAUGCACAACGCGGCGCGGGAGAUGGUGUUCGUGGCAGAGCAGGGCAUGGGCACCGGCAAGAACCGCCUGGACCCCACCUGGCAGGAGAUGCUCAACCACGCCACCAGGAAGGUGAACGAGGCGGAGCAGGAGCGGCUCUGGAGCGAGAGGGAGCACCAGAGGGUGACCAGGCUGUGCCAGGAGGCCGAGGCCGAGGUGCAGCGGCUGCAGAAAUCCCUGCGGCGCGACAUCGCCCGCAGCCGGCCCUACUUCGAGCUCAAGGCCCAGUUCAACCAGAGGCUGGAGGAGCACAAAUCCCGCGUGAAUUCCUUGGAAUCCUCCGUGGCCCAGGCCAAGCUCCGUUAUUCCGUCGCCCUUCGGAACCUGGAGCAGAUCAGCGAAGAGAUUCACGCCCGAAGAUUCCAGAGAAUUCUCCGGAAAAAACAACGGGAAAAUCCUCUGGGGGCUGAGGGGGGUGCUCAGAACCUCGAAAUUCCGGGAGAAAUGGGAAAAAUUCCGGGAGAAAACGGAAAAAUUCCAGGAGAAUACGCGAAAAUUCCCGAUGAGAUCAGCGGGAAAAUUCCGGCAGAAAUCGGAAAAAAUUCUGGAAUUCCUGGGGAAAUGGAAAUUCCUGGAGAAAUGGGAAUUCAGGGAGAAAUUCCUGGCAAAAUUCCUGGAGAAAUGGGAAUUCCUGGAGAAAUUCCUGGUAAAAUUCGUGGGGAAAACUGUGGAAUUUCUGCUGAUGUCAGCAGAAUUUCUGGUAAAAUUCCUGGUGAAAUCCGUGGAAUUCCUGGGCAAAUCCAUGGAAUUUCUGCUGAAAUCAGCAGAAUUCCUGGCAAAAUUCCUGGUGAAAUUCCUGGAAUUCCUGAAAUUCAUGAUGAAAUCCGUGCAAUUCCCGGCGAGAUCCGCCAAAAUCCCGACGAAAUCGACGGAAUUCCCGGCGAAAUCCGCGGAAUUUCUGCUGAUGUCAGCAGAAUUCCUGGCAAAAUUCUUGGUGAAAUCCAUGGAAUUCCCAGUGAAAUUCGUGGUGAAAUCCAUGGAAUUCCUGACAAAAUCCGUGGAAUUCCCGGAAUCAACGACGCCAUCGCCAAAAAUCUCGGAAUUUCCGACCAAAUCCGCGGAAUUUCCGACGCCGCUGUUCCCGGAUUUUCCGGCGACGAUUCCGCCGUUCCGUCGGGAAUUUCCGAUUCCGGGGAUUCUCUGUCGGUUCUGAGCCUCCAAACCAUCGCCUCGGAUCUGCAGAAAUUCGAUUCCGUGGAACAUUUGGCGGCGAUUCCGGGGAUUUCGGGAAUCGCCGACGCGUUGAGUCUGCACAGCGAGGAGUUGGGAGAGGAGAGGGAAAAACGGGGCCGGAGUUUUCGGCAUCACCGGAGCGUCAGCCUCUGAUUUUUGAAAUUUUUUGGGGGAUUUUUUUGGAUUUUUUGGGAUUUUUUUGGGGAU